AACAAAAAGCAUUCAUACAGCAGAAAAUAAAAUUCAUCCCGUCGACUUGAUGGACACCCCAGCAUUGUGUGUUGCGCCCUCCUUCUCUUGGGGUAUACUACUACGAUGCCGCUGGGGUCACUCAAACCCCCAGAACUGAGGCUCUACUUCAGUCAAUCCUCUUUGCAUUGCCCCGGGAAAACUCUAAACCAGUUUGUUUGAAUUUUUCGACCAAAACACGGCAUCACUCCAUCACAAAAAAACAUAAUUUUAUUUAUUUACAAUUAUCUGAUUCCACGGAUGUUGAUCUUCCGUUGGAGUUCCUGUGAAAUAAUUAAAAAUUGACUCCAAAAGGUUGAGUCCUCAUUAGACUCGAGGAGGAAUUAUCGAGAUCUCGUGUACAUCAACUGUCAUAACCUCGAGUGAUGGCGGCAAAAGGCAGGCGUCCCGCCAAAAAAGCCAACGGCUACAAAUUGCCAGAACCAAUUGCCCCCGGUGAAGUUCUCACAGAUCUGAGUAAAAAGCAGUGGAUCAUAGGUAAGUCAAUCGGUGUUGGAGGAUUCGGUGAGAUUUAUUCAGCAGCUGCUCACAAUGGAAAGACACCCCUGGAAUAUCCCCUGGUCGUCAAGAUCGAACCUCAUGGGAAUGGUCCUCUAUUUGUCGAGAUGCACUUCUACAUGAGGAAUGCUAAACCUGAUGACAUCGAGACCUGGAGGAAAAAAAAGAAGCUGUCCAGCCUGGGAAUGCCAAAGUUCAUUGCUAAUGGCAGUCAUGAGUACAAGGGAACGAAGUACAGGUUUGUCGUGAUGGAGAGGUACGGUACAGACCUGUGGAAGCUCUUCCUGGAGAAUAACCGUCGGUUCCCCGAGGUCACAGUCUACAAAUUAGCGAUCCAAAUAAUCGACGUGCUCGAGUACAUCCACAACAGGACAUACGUCCACGCAGACAUAAAAGGUGCCAAUUUGUUGUUAGACCUGAAGAUUACAAAUCAGGUGUACCUAGUGGACUUCGGUCUGGCCUCGCACUACACCACGAAACCCGACUACAAACUGGACCCAAAAAAGGCGCACAAUGGAACAAUUGAAUACACAAGUAGAGAUGCACACAUGGGAGUCCCCACGAUGAGAGGAGACCUGGAGAUCCUAGGGUUCAAUAUUAUUCAGUGGAUCAGUGGCAGUCUUCCCUGGGAAAAAAGCCUGAAAGACGUGACUGGAGUCCAGAGGAUGAAGGAAAAGGCCUUCGAGGACAUCGUUACUUUCCUCAAGGAGUGUUUCAGGCCUGAAAAGUGUCCGGAACCUGUCAAAGACUUCAUGAGUCUAUUAUCAGAGAUGAAGUUCACAGACACUCCCAAUUACUUGAAAUUCAGACAGAUCUUCGUCGAAGGACUUAAGAAACUUGGCCACAAACCCGAUGGGAGUCUGGAGUUUGGGGGAAAGGCUGUAGCUGCUGGUACGGCUAAAGUCAAGACUGAAACGCCCAAGAGGGUGAAAAAAGUCAGUGAAGAUACUGUCAGGAGGAUGAGUCCUCGUGUGAAGCCCUCCAGGGUGCCCAGUACUCCCAGCUCUCUCGAUGAAAGCUGUGUGGGAAUUGUUGUCGACAGAAGGCGAGAGAAACUCAAGGACAUGAAGAAGAUCCUUGAGUCAAUUGAGGAUGACUCUGACACGGAGUAUGGAAUCGUCAUCACUAAGAAAAGAAAGGUGAAGACGGUGGAGGAACAGGUGGAGGUGGAGAAGAAGAGCAGGAGGGGGAGGAAGAAGGUGGUGAAUAAAGAUGAUUCCCAGUCUGAGCCCGAGGUAAUGCCAAAGGGAACAAAGUCACGACAAGCGCCCAGAAGGGUAGUACGUAAAAAACCAGAAGAGAUUGACUCCGAUGCUGAUAUGUUUGAUGAUUAAUUGAGACCAUUUUCUACUGUAGCUUAUAAAUAAUAUCGUUGAGUUUAGUCAAAAUUUGUAGGGUGGAAAUUGUGGAAAUGAUGACCUGCAACGAUCUGAAAUUGCCAAAAAAAAAACCGAGAAUCUAUCGAAUUUAUUGAAUCUGAUCGCUAAUUCAUUAAUGCAGUGGUAGAGAUUGAAGUUUUAACCAAACUUGUCUCUCCCAAUGAUUGAAUGAUGGAAGAAUUGUAAAAUAUAAAAACUGAACCGGUGUAUACUUUACCACUGAAUUACUGAAUCAAACUUGAUAAUUGUUAUAAAAUCCUCAGCAAAUCCAGAAUGAGACCCAUUUAUUCAUUGAAACAACUGUUGAGCAGUAUUUACAAUAAUGAGAACGUGUCUAACAAUUUUGUAUUGAUAAAGCCAAAAUAAAACAUUAUCUUUGUAAUAA